UUUAAGUCCAUUAUCUCUCACUUUGACUUACUCCCUCACCAGUGUGCGAAAAAACUACUGAACUAGGGAGCUGAUUGAGAUGCAGAUAGAGAUUUAGUUUGGACUUAUUUUUCUACUGUUAAUUAUUCUUAUUUUAAACACAGAAAAACUCAACUGAGAUCCACGUGGCACACCAUUAUAAAGAUGGCCUUUAGUAGAGGGCAGUGUGAAGACAAGAAGAUUGACGAAACAUUCAGUGACAAACAUGAAGAUACUGAGAAACAAACAGAUCUGAAAGAAGAGAGUGAAGAAUUGAAUGAAAUACAAGAUAAAGAUCAGUUUAAGAAACACAAUUUCGUAACUGGAAAAAAAUUAUACAGUCGAUCACAGAUUGACACGACACAUAAUUUGACACGAAAAAGACCUAAAAAUGCUGGAACAAGAUGUCAUUUCACCUGCCAACAAUGUGGAAAGAGUUUUGAUCGACAAGGAAGACUUCAAGUCCACAUGAGAAUUCACACUGGAGAAAAGCCUUACAGCUGCCAACAAUGUGGAAAGAGUUUUGAUCAACAAGGAAGACUUCAAGUCCACAUGAGAAUUCACACCAGAGAAAAGCCUUACAGCUGCCAACAAUGUGGAAAGAGUUUUGAUCGACAAGGAAGACUUCAAGUCCACAUGAGAAUUCACACCGGAGAAAAGCCUUACAGCUGCCAACAAUGUGGCAAGAGUUUUGAUCAACAAGGAAGACUUCAAGUCCACAUGAGUAUUCACACCGGAGAAAAGCCUUACCGCUGCCAACAAUGUGAAAAGAGUUUUGAUCGACAAGGAAGACUUCAAAUCCACAUGAGAAUUCAUACCGAAGAAAAGUCUUACAGCUGCCAACAAUGUGGAAAGAGUUUUGAUCGACAAGGAAGACUUCAAGUCCACAUGAGAAUUCACACCGGAGAAAAGCCUUACAGCUGCCAACAAUGUGGAAAGAGUUUUGAUCAACAAGGAAGACUUCAAGUCCACAUGAGAAUUCACACCGGAGAAAAGCCUUACAGCUGCCAACAAUGUGGAAAGAGUUUUGAUCGACAAGGAAGACUUCAAGUCCACAUGAGAAUUCACACCGGAGAAAAGCCUUACAGCUGCCAACAAUGUGGAAAGAGUUUUGAUCAACAAGGAAAACUUCAAGUCCACAUGAGAAUUCACACUGGAGAAAAGCCUUACAGCUGCCAACAAUGUGGAAAGAGUUUUGAUCGACAAGGAAGACUUCAAGUCCACAUGAGAAUUCACACCGGAGAAAAGCCUUACAGCUGCCAACAAUGUGGAAAGAGUUUCCCUUCAAUGAAAUAUGUUAAAAGGCACAUGAUAGUUCACACUAGAGAGAGGCCUUUCACCUGCCCUCAAUGUGGAAAGAGUUUUGCACAUAAAAACAAUCUUAAUGGCCACAUAAGAAUUCACACAGGAGAAAAACCUUUCCUCUGCCAACAGUGUGGAAAGAGUUUCAUUCUAAAAAGUUACCUUAAAAGGCACAUGAUAGUUCACACAGGAGAGAAACCUUUCCUCUGCCAUCAGUGUGGAAAGAGUUUCAUUGAACAUAGCAGCCUUAAAGUCCAUAUGAGGAUUCACACAGGAGAGAGGCGUUUCACCUGCCAACAGUGUGGAAAGAGUUUCAAUGAAAAAGGAAACCUUAGAAGGCACAUGAGGAUUCACACCGGCGAGAAGCCUUUCACAUGCCCUCAGUGUGGAAAAGGUUUAACUCAUAAAGGAAGCUUUAACAGGCACAUUAGAAUUCACACUGGAGAGAAGCCUUUCACGUGCCCUCAAUGUGGAAAGAGUUUCACUCUAAAAAACACUCUUAAUGACCACAUAAAACUUCACACAGGAGAGAAACCUUUCAACUGCCAACAGUGUGGAAAGCGUUUCAUUCAAAAAAGAUACCUUAAUGUCCACAUGAGGAUUCACACAGGAUAGAAGCCUUACACACAAUCUGUGUGGAAACAGUUUUAAUCAACAAGGAAGCUUUAAAAGGCACAUGAGGAUUCAUACUGGAGAGAAGCUUUAAAUUCUCAAACUGUGGAAGAACUCCACAAAACUAAACCUUAGCUAGGAUCAGUAACACUAGUGAGAAGCUGUUUACAUUUAUUGUGGAAAAAACUUUAGAAAUAAAGUAACCCUUAAUGAGGCUUCACACUGGAGCGAGACCUUUCAAGUGUCUUCAGUUUGAAAUGAGUAUCACAAAUCAGAAAGGCCAUGAUCAGUAAUAUCACAAAACAUGGUCUAUAUCAAUCACAAUACCUGGGUGCUGAAUUGAUUUUUAUUCUAUCCUAUAUAUGGAUUCUAC